GCCGUGAACGGUCGAGGAAUGUUUCGCUCCUCUGGGGCGGUGUCAGCGGCUAUGUCUAGCCGUGGAAACCGGAAUGCAGCCAGUGCCAACCAGGAUUAUGAAAUUAUUUUACCUGCUCUACCAACCGGUCGUAUUGUUUUAAACACUGUAUUUCUUCAUGCGGAUGUUCGUGGAAGGCCCUACCGUGUCGAAGAUAUUCGUGAUGCACUGGGUGCUCUGGCAAUGCUCCCUGACGUUGAAGCGUUAGGGGCAUACCAAAUGAACCAUGUGUGGGCGGUCACGCUGAAGACUACGGAGGCUAAGAAUAGGUUGCUUUCUGCAACUGAAGUGAUCGUGAAGGAGCGCCGUUGUCUCAUCGUAGAUCCAAACAACCAAGAUGUUCGACUAAAGCUGCAUUGGGUCCUUCACUAUGUGGACGACGAGGACAUACGGACCGCGUUUGCACCCUACGGAAAAGUCACCGAAGUCGCAAGAGAGCGAUGGCGAACGGAAGGGUUGUCGGACAAAGGCUCUACUACGCGUAUUAUCAGUCUUCAGCUCAAGGCAGGCUACCCGAAGGAAGACAUCCCACAUCAACUACGAGUGGCAGGUGACCUGACAUUGGUCGUGGUGGCUGGAAGAGCUCCACUCUGCCUAAGGUGUAAAGGGACUGGCCACAUACGACGCGAAUGUCGUGUUCCUCGGUGCGCGUUAUGCAGACGUUUUGGCCACGCUGAGGAAGAGUGCGUGAAGACUUAUGCGAAGGUCACAGGCCGAUCUGCGUGGGACGACAACGCAGAGCUACAAAUGGACGAAUCGGAAGCUGAGGAUGUUUCUACCAGCAAGACCAGAGAACCCGAACAAGAGGAAACGCCCCCUUCGUCGCAUUCACCCAACGUUAACAAAGAGGAAGAGGAUAAAGGUGAGCAAGUUGUACAACCUGCGCUGCCUCCCACGACGAAUACCAGCGCGUCCAACAGUUCAGGGAAAAAACCAACCAAGAGUCAGUCAAUGCCUCUAGAAAAAUCCGAAGAUGUCAACAUGAAGGAUUGGAAGACCAGUGCAGGGAAGAGAACACGCGAGGAAACAGCAGCAGCGAACGCGGCCUCAAACGAGCCCACUGUCAGCGAGCCACCCACUAAAGCGGCCCAAGGACGCCGCACGAGCUUCAAGCCAAAGCCCAACGUACCACCGGACCGUCAUUUUCCGGGGGGCACGUAGCCCCCUGUUUCAGUGAAGCCCGGGUCAGCCUCCUGGUUCCGACGCUACACAUGCUAAAGGUGGGCGAGGACAAGCUAAGGGGCUGGUACCCCAGUUCCUUCUUUCUGAGGCACUCAUGGUGUGUUUCCACGUGGCAACUGAAGAUAGAAAAGCCUCUAGUCAAAAUUUUCAGCCUCGCACAGAACAAGGUGAGCGCCAUGCGACCUGUUUGAUUAUUCUUAUAAAUGGCAGUAAAACUUGACGCACCGCUUAGCAUAGGCACGUUAAACGUGCGGGGCCUUUCUGCAAGGCGUCGACAGUACCAAGUAAGCCGUCUUUUACUGGAAAAUGACCUUGACAUCGUAGCCAUUCAAGAAACUAAAGUCGAAAGCCAAGAUCAAACAGAUCGCAUGGUAGAACCUUUUACUGGACGCUACUAUGUAUGCGUAUGUCACGCAGUAGGUUCGUCCGGAGGGUGUGCCUUGUUGCUACGCAGCUCCCUGGGAAUUGUAGUAGAGACCGUGACUGUGUGUAAAACUGGACGGUUAGUUGUGUGUGAUUUUCUUUUCUCUGCUUUGAAGUGGCGGGCAAUAUGUUUGUACGCGCCUAACAGAGAAACCGAGCGCUCAGCUUUUUUUGAAAGCCUUGGAUCCUUUUUAAACUCUGAAAGAGUGAUUCUAAUGCUUGGUGAUUUUAACUGUGUGUGUGCUUCUGCUGAUAGAAUAAAGAACGAACCGGUACG